AUGGACCCAGGAGGGGGGGGGGGGAGAAGCCACCGGCUGGCCAGCGCCGCGGCGGCGGGGGAUCUGGCGGGGGUGCGGCGCCUGCUGCAGGAGGGGGCCGACCCCAACGCCCUUAACUCGUACGGCAGGACCCCCAUUCAGGUCGUGAUGAUGGGGAGCCCCAAAGUGGCGGAGCUCCUGCUGCAGGAAGGCGCCGAUCCCAACCGUCCGGACCCCUCCACCGGCGCGCUCCCGGCUCACGACGCGGCCCGCCAGGGCUUCCUGGAGACGCUGCUGGUGCUGGGCGCGGGCGGCGCUCGCCUGGACGCGCCCGACGCCUCCGGGAGGCUUCCCGUCCACCUGGCCCAGGAGGCCGGCCACCGCCACGUGGUCCGUUUCCUUCUAAGCCAGGCGAGGGGCCACCCCUGGAGCGGCCCUGCGGGACCCGGCUCCUAG